AUGAGGACGGCGGGCCGGACGCCGGCGACGAGGGCGCUCUCCUGCGUCCUUUUCCUCCAACUCGCCGUCGCCUCUCAGGGGGCGAUCACCAAGGGCGACUUCCCCCCGGGGUUCGUCUUCGGCAUCGGCUCCUCCGCUUACCAGAUUGAAGGCGCAGUUGCAGAGGACGGAAGAAAACCCAGCAUCUGGGACACGUUCACACACUCAGGCUACUCUGCUGAUGGAGCCACUGCUGAUGUGACUGCAGAUCAGUAUCAUAAGUACAAGAUUGAAGGCGCGGUUGCAGAGGACGGAAGAAAACCCAGCAUCUGGGACACAUUCACACACUCAGGCUACUCUGCCGAUGGAGCCACUGCUGAUGUGACUGCAGAUCAGUAUCAUAAGUACAAGGAAGAUGUAAAGCUUUUGAGCGAGAUGGGCGUCGAUGCGUACAGAUUUUCCAUUGCCUGGCCUAGGCUUAUUCCUGAUGGCCGAGGAGCUGUCAAUCCAAAAGGACUGGAGUACUACAACAACCUUAUCAAUGAACUCCUUAGUCAUGGAAUUCAGCCUCACGUAACGAUAUAUCAUUUCGACUUCCCUCAGGCUCUUCAAGAUGAAUACCAUGGGAUGCUUAGUCGUAAAUUCAUAGAUGACUACACGACGUAUGCAGAUGUGUGCUUCAAGAACUUUGGCGACAGGGUGAAAUACUGGAGCACUGUGAAUGAGCCAAACAUUGAGCCCAUUGGCGGAUACGAUGUAGGAUUCUUUCCACCACAGCGAUGCUCCUCCCCCUUCGGCAUCAGUUGCAACAAUGGCAACUCUACCACUGAGCCCUACAUAGUAGCUCACCAUCUUCUGCUUGCACAUGCCUCAGCAGCGUCCCUGUAUAAAGAGAAGUAUCAGGCCAAGCAAGGAGGAAAACUUGGACUCACAUUGCUCUGCUGGUGGUUCGAGCCUGCAACACAAACACCUGAGGAUAUAGCAGCAGCUGCAAGGAUGAAUGACUUCCACAUUGGAUGGUAUAUGCAUCCAUUGGUGCAUAGAGACUACCCACCAGUGAUGAGGAAGAAUGUUGGGUCCAGGCUACCAUCUUUCACCGCUGAAGAGCUAAAGAGAGUGCGUGGGUCUUUUGAUUUUGUCGGAUUUAACCAUUACGGUGCCGCUUAUGUGAAGGCUGAUCUUAGCAAGCUGGAUCAGAAGCUGAGAGAUUACAUGGGUGAUGCAGCCGUGAAAUAUGACACCGUGCCAUUUUUGAACUCAAAGAACCAGCUCUUGUUUGGGUUGAAAAUGGGUUUCAUGUCAUCAACAGCGUGGUCUAUGAGGAAAAUGCUGGAGCAUCUGCAGGUCAAAUACAAGAACCCUGUGGUCAUGAUCCACGAGAAUGGAGCUGCCAGCAUUGCUGAUCCCUCCGGUGGGAACGCCCCCGACGACGAGUUCAGGUCGCAGUACCUGCAGGAUUACAUCGAGGCGACCCUCCAAUCCAGCAGGAACGGCUCGAAUGUGCAGGGCUAUUUCGUAUGGUCAUUCCUGGACGUGUUCGAGUACCUCUUCGGCUACCGCAUGGGCUAUGGCCUCUACAGUGUGGACUUCAGCUCCAAGGAGAGGACGAGGUACCAGAAGCACUCCGCCAAGUGGUUCGCCGGUUUCCUCCAUGGUGGUGAGCUCAGGCCGGUGGCUCUGCCCGGCAAGGCCUAUUCCCAAUGA